UUCCAGCGGCGCCUUCCAGGGCUCCGCUCCGCAGCGACCCCCCCGCCCCCCGCCCCUCACAGCCCCUGCCAUGGGGCGCUGAUCGCCCCCAAACUUGGACCAACUUUUGCGCAGCUCGUCGGUCUCUCCGCCGCUGCCGGCGUGUGGGAGCCUGGCCCGUCCGUGAACGCGGCUGGGCAGCAGGAUGAGAGCGCAGCCCCGGGGAGCAGGCAGCCGCCAGCCCAGCCGCCGCCGAGGCGCCCCGGGUGCAGCAUGAGCGACUACCCGGCGCUGCAGAAGGAGGCGCCGAUCUCCCGCAAGCAGCGGCUGAUGGCCGCGAUCGCCUCCGGCAGCUCCGGCGCCGAGCCCCCCUCGGCGCUUUGCUGCUUCAUCUGCGGCGGGGGGAUCGGGCGCGGCAAGGAGCUGAAGCUGCAGGUGAAGCAGCCCCGGGAGAACCAGCCUUUCUUCCCCUUCCUGCAGCACCAGGAGCCGGCGCCGGGGGCCCAGGAGGUGACCCCGGAGGGCUGCGCCCUGGUGUGCGCCGUCUGCCGCUGCUUCCUGGGCGAGCAGUGGGACGCGUUCGAGCGCAGCCGGACCCCGCUGGAGAAGCGCAUGUACUGGCUCAAGCGCCCCUACCAGUGCGAGGCGGCGGCGGGCGCCGGGCUCCGCAGGGGGCCCCAGGAGUGGAACCUCUCCUACGCCCUGGACCAGCAGCGCAGGCUCAGCCUGGGGGGCAGCGGCAGCAGCCAGCCCCCCGAGGAGGAGGAGGAGGAGGAGGACCCCGGGGCAAGCGGCGGAGACUCCGACUUGUCCUCCCUCUCGGACACCGAGCAGCUCUCCGAGCCCGAGCUGCAGCUCCACGCCCCCGGCCGGGACAAGAGCGCCAGGAGCCCCGGCUGCUGCCCGGCCCCGGAGCCGCGGAGCCAAGCCGCGGGGCUGCAGCCGCUGCGCCCGCCCGGCGCGCCCAUGGGCAGCCGCCCCCGCGAGUGGCACGGCCAGCCGCCCCCAGCCCCGCAGGAGGCACCUGCGCCGCAGGGCAACGGGCUGGCCGGGGGCAGGCGGCGGCGGCGGCGGCGCCACUGGCCGGCCGAUGCCCCGAGCAGCGUCCGGAGCAGCUGGAGCGGGGGCCAGGGCGCAGCAGCCCCGCCCGAUGCCUUCAGGGCGGCGGCCUCCGGCCGGGCGCCGGAGCCUGCCCCGGGGGACGGCGACUUGAUGGGCCAGCGGGUCCCGGCCUAUGGCUCGUCUGAGGAGAGCGAGAUCAACAUCACCAGCGACGAGGAGAGGCAGGGGGCCCGCCGAGCCCCCAGCCGGCCGGAGAACCCCCUCGCCCUGGCAGUGCCCAGGCCGCCCUGGGCAGCAGCGCCCCCGCCAGGCACCGUCUGCUACAUCUGCGGCAGCCCCUUGUCCCCGGCGGGCCAGCACCAGAUCCACGUGCAGAAACAGGAAAAGACCUCCAAGGCCCCCUUCUUCCCUUUCCUGUGGCUGCACAGCCCGCCCCUGGGGGCCCUGCCCAUCAGCCCUGCGGGCAGCACCCUGGUCUGCUCCUGCUGCUUCGCCUCCCUCAUGCAGCAGUGGCAGAGUUUCGAGGUGGCCAGCGUGCCGGUCCUGCAGAGGCUCUACGUGGUGCCGCUGGAUGCCAGUGCAGUGGGCAUGCCCCCCAAAGGGAGGAGGGCCCAGAGGGAGGAGGGCGCCCCUGCCCCGCUGCAGGAAGCCUGCUACCUCUGUGGGGAGGAUUGUAGCAAGGAGGCCAGGCCCGUCUCUGCUAAGAUCACCAAUGGCAAUGCGAAAAACACCAUGCACUUCCCCUUCCUCAGCCACCUGCCUUGCCCUCCCAGCUCCAAGGGGCUGAACAAGCACGGGGAGGUGCAGAGCUGCAGGAAGUGCUAUGGGGUGCUGCAGGACCUGUGGGCCAUGUACCGGGCAUGCCGCAACGAGGAGCUCAUCACCUCGGUGCAGAGCUUCCUGGGGAGGUAUCACCAGGUCUUCUCCGCCGGGGAUCCCAGCGGCACGGCCACGCACCCCUCGGCCACGUCAGGCCUGGCCUCCGUGUGUUACAUCUGCGGGGCUGAACUGGGAGCCGGCAAAGAGUUCCAGCUCAACGUCAACCCGCCAGGGCGCUUCGGGGAGAAGGAGCCUUUCUUCCCCUUCCUCACCGUCUACCCCCCGGCCCCCAGGGCCAGGCCUGCAGACUCCACUGGGCUGGUGGCUACCUGUGUGCUCUGCUACCAUGAUCUCCUAGGCCAGUGGCUGCAGCACGAAAGCAGGAAUUCCCACCAUCCCAGCAGCGCCUGGUCCAGGCAGUACAAAGUGGAGACCUUCGUGUGCUUCUUCUGUCGGCAGGAGAAGAAGCGAUGCCUUGGAUUAAAAGCAGUGCAGGUUGCCCGGCUCCCUGUGUUUCUGUACACCCUCCGCAUGGCCAACAGCUUACUGGUGGAUGAUGGGAAACAACUGACCAUUGGAGCAUGUGCAGAAUGUGGGGCGGUGGUGAUUGCUGGCAAAAGCCUGACACCUCCAGACUUUCUGGCUGUGACACCCCCAGCCAGUCUCGCAAAGGCUUUGUCCUCUUCUCUGGAGACACCUGCUGUGAAGCCUUCCACCAGCGAGCCCAGACAGCGACUGGCGGGCUCUGGGGAGAGCCCAGGUGCAAGGAACGGAGGUGCACAGGAGAUUGGCUCUGACCGUGGCCAGCUGAGUGUGGAUGUGGAGGGCGCAGACCUGGGAGCUACAAGCAUGAGCCAUGAGCCAAAGUCACCUUCACUAGGAAUGCUCUCCACCGCGACCCGGACCACGGCCACCGUCAGCCCCCUGACCCCUUCUCCUCUCAAUGGCUCCCUUGUGCCCAAUGGCAGCCCGGCGGCCAACAGCUCCUUGUCAGUCCAGUCAGCGCCUUCCUCCAGCUUCGCUGCUGCCCUGCGCAAACUGGCCAAGCAGGCAGAGGAACCCAGAGGGUCUUCGAUAAGCAGCGAGUCUUCCCCCGUCUCCUCGCCAGCCACCAACCACAGCUCCCCGGCCAGCACGCCCAAGCGAGGACCCAUGGGCCCCAUCAUCGUCCCCCCUGGGGGGCACAGCGUGCCUAGCACGCCCCCCGUGGUGACCAUCGCCCCGACGAAAACUGUGAAUGGGGUCUGGAGAAGCGAAGGCAGACAGCAAGAAGCGGGAUCAAGAGGCAGCAGCAGCAGCAGCAGCCGGGAGCGCCUGAUUGCCGAGCCUCCACUCCCACAGGAGAAAGCCGGGGGCCCCGCUGUCCCUUCUCAUCUCCUUGGGACGCCUUACUCCUUCGGGAUCCCCCCCACCUCCGUCGUCCAGGAUUCCCGCUUCCCACCUUUAAACAGCCUGCAGCGGCCUGUACACCAUGUGGUGCCUCCCAGCGCGGUCACUGAAGAUUAUCUGCGGAGCUUCCGGCCCUACCACACCGCUGAGGAACUCCGCAUGUCCUCCUUGGCCCCCAUCAGCCUGGAUCCGGCCACCGCUGCCGCUUACUACCACCCUGGCUACCUGGCCCACCACCCCUUCCCUCACCCAGCCUUCAGGAUGGAUGACUCCUACUGCCUUUCAGCCCUGCGGUCCCCCUUCUACCCGAUCCCAACCCCUGGUUCGCUCCCACCUCUUCAUCCUUCAGCCAUGCACCUCCAUCUGUCGGGAGUGAGGUACCCCACCGAGCUGCCUCACUCAUCACUCUCUGCCCUUCAGUCCGAGCGGAUGUCCAGUCUGACUGCGGAGAGGCUGCAGAUGGAUGAGGAGCUGAGGCAGCGCGAGAGGGAACGUGAGAGGGAGCGGGAGAAGGAGCGGGAGCGGGAAGCCGAUCGGGAGCGGGAGAAGGAGCGGGAGAGAGAGCGGGAGAAGGAGCUCGAGCGGGAGCGCGAGAAGGAGAGGGAGCGGGAGAGAGAGCUGGAGAGACAACGAGAAAGGGCCCGGGAGAAGGAGAUGAACCUGGCCAAAGCCAUGGAAAGCCCAUUUCUGCCGGUGGCAGAGCUGCACGGGCUGAGGAGCCACCCGGUGGAGGAACGUGUUAAACCAGCCGAGCAGCUGAUGCCAAACAGACCAGAGAAACCCAAGGAGGCGACCAUCCCGACUCCUAAGCCUAUCCAGCACCCCUUGCACCAGCCGCCCGCCUCCCACCAUCCUGUGCCCAGCCUCAUUUCCAGCCACAGCGUCUUCCCCCUCCCCGGGAGCAGCGCGGCCACGGCUCUUCUCAUCCAGCGCACCAACGAGGAGGAGAAGUGGCUGGCACGCCAGCGUCGGCUGCGGCAGGAGAAGGAGGACCGCCAGUCCCAGGUGUCGGAGUUCCGGCAGCAAGUGCUGGAGCAGCACCUGGAGAUCGGGCGGCCGCCGAACCAGCCGGAAGCUGAGCACCGGCCAGAGAACCCCAGAUCUGGACCAAACCGCCAUGAGCCAAGUGGUCGAGACCAACCACAGCACUUUGGAGGGCCCCCUCCGCUCAUCUCUCCCAAACCUCAACAUCAUCCAGUGCCCACCUCACUCUGGAACCCAGUGUCCUUGCUGGAAAACAACAUGGAGCCGCGCAGAAUCCAGGAGAAUCACUCUCUCCAUGCCCACCCUGCCCAGUAUGAGCCCAGCCGACAAGCCAUCCCCUUGGUGAAGGUGGAACGAGUAUGCUGCCCCGAGAAGCUGGAUGAAGGGGCCAGGAAGAGAGAGGCACUGGACAAAUACCAGCCUGCCAGGGAGCCUGGGGUGUCAGAACAUGGUGGGUUCGCCCAUGGGCCCUUCCUGGCAGAACUGGAAAAGUCCACACAGAGCAUCCUUAACCAACAGAGGGCGUCGCUCUCCCAGACGGAGCAGUUUGCUGAGGUCAGCCUGCCCAGCAAGCCUAGCUCACCUUACUGGCACCCGCUGCCCAGGGCCCACGACCCCAUGUACGUUUACGACGAGUUCCUGCAGCAACACCGUAAACUAGUCAGCAAACUGGACCUGGAGGAGCGGAGGCGGAGAGAAGCCAGGGAGAAAGGCUACUACUAUGACCUGGAUGACUCCUACGAUGAGAGUGAUGAGGAGGAAGUGAGAGCCCAUCUCCGGUGUGUUGCUGAGCAGCCCCCGCUGAAGCUGGAUACGUCCUCAGAGAAAUUGGAGUUCCUGCAGCUUUUUGGCCUGACCACCCAGCAGCAGAAGGAGGAGCUGCUGACUCAGAAGAGGAGGAAGAGGCGGAGGAUGCUGAGGGAGAGGAGUCCAUCUCCUCCCAUGGUCCAGAACAAACGUCGGACGCCCUCACCGCGGCUGCCGCUCUCUACGCGCUACAGCCCUGAUGAAAUGAACAACAGCCCCAACUUCGAGGAGAAGAAGAGGUUCCUGACCAUCUUCAACCUGACUCACAUCAGCGCAGAGAAAAGGAAAGAUAAAGAGAAACUGGUGGAAAUGCUCCAUGCUAUGAAGCAGAAAAGUGUGACAGCAACAGUGGUGGUGAAAAGCUCCCCGCGGGACAGUCCCAGUCUCGCCACAGCUGAGCCCCAGGUGCAGCAAUUGCCUGUGGAUUCAGAUAACCCGGUUGGUAUCACCACCUCCUUGCCAGACACGCAAAAGACAGCAGAGCCCAGCAGAUUAGAACAGCUGAGACCACACGAGCUCCAGAGGGCCAAAGAACCAGCUCCUGUCUCUGCUGAGAAGCCCAGGCUGAACGAUGGGCACACCGGGAAGAAGAGCCUGAGCAUAUUCAAUUAUGUCAGGGGCCCUUUGCCUAAGGAUAUCCCGGUGCCACUCUCUCACAGCAUGAAUGGGAAGAAUAAACCAUGGGAGCCCUUCAUAGCUGAAGAAUUUGCACAUCAGUUUCACGAGUCUGUGCUGCAGUCCACACAGAAAGCAUUGCAGAAGCACAAAGGAAGUGCAGCAGCACUUACUGCAGAGCAGAACCACAAAAUUGACACCUCUAUCCAUUACAACAUUCCUGAGCUUCAGACCUCAAGCAGGGUCCAGCUGCCUCAACAGAAUGGGCAGCAAGACACCCCACUGGCACGAAAGGGGCUCAUCCCACCCGAACAGGACAAGGACUCUGACUCAGAGGGGGAGGAGGAGGAGGAGGAAGAGGAGGAAGAGGAGUACCCCAGACCUAAAUGGCAGGGGAUCGAGGCAAUCUUCGAAGCUUACCAGGAACAUAUAGAAGAACAAAAUGUGGAACGCCAAGUGUUGCAGACACAGUGCCGACGGCUGGAGGCCCAGCACUACAGUCUCAGUCUGACUGCAGAGCAGCUGUCACACAGCAUGGCGGAACUAAGGAACCAGAAGCAGAAGAUUGUCUCGGAAAGGGAGCGACUUCAGGCCGAACUAGAUCACUUGAGAAAGUGCCUUGCGUUGCCUGCAAUGCAGUGGUCUAGGGGUUAUUUCAAGGGAUAUCCCAGGUGACGCUCCCUUGCACUAGGCUGAACAUAUAGUAUAGAAAUAAUAAUCUAUUUUAUUACCUUGAAUAUUUAAUAUUUUUCACUGGGAGGUUUGAAGCUAAAAUAUAAAUGGAGAAUGUGCCAUGCAUGAAGCAAAGGAUUAUGGGAUCCAGAAAAAAUACCCACCUCUAUCUUGACUUCAAUGCAACUGAAUCUUUGUAAUUCUGCAAGCAACCCACCCAUGAAGGCUAGAUUUUGUUUAAUUUUAAUGAGGGGUGUUUUUUUUUUCCUCCUUCCCCUCCACUUUUUAAUUAUUUUUUUAAAAUCUGAUAAAAGACUUCAUCAACAACACUAAUAACCACCUCCCUGUAGAGGGGGUGCUGUCCACACACAAAAUCAUUCUUUUGUUGCCAUAUUAGUCCAACUACUGUACCAUGGGGUUUGCCUAUUCUUCACUGGGAAGAUGGUGUCUCUCGUGUUAAGAGAAAGUUGGGUACACUUUUGAAAGCAAAUGAACUGUGUGUCUCACAUACGGAAAGCUGUGGUAGCAAUCUGCAGAGUAACAAGUCCUGGAAGGAGCCAACACAGCUUCAGAACUUCAGCCUUUCCCUAAAUCAACAGGCUUUCCUCUGGAAAUGCACUUCGCUAUAAAAAAUAAAGUGAAUAAACAAACCGAAGGUACCUUUUAUUACUGUUUGGGGGGUAGGGAGCGGAAUGUACAGUACAACACACAUGCACACACCUAGUGAGAGAGACACACACAAAUUACAUACCCUAGUGGGUAAAAUUUUCAUACAAACUCAAACGAUUUUGCAAUUAAAAAAAAAACAAAGUCAAAAAAGGUGCUUCAGCCUUGUACUGUGUAUAUAUUUAAAAAGUUUUGUAUGUUUUUAUUACUUUAAUUAUUGUUAUAAAAAGCUUGCCAUUUUUAAUAUGUUUCUGCUUUUUUUUUUUUUUUUUUUUGGCAAAAUAACUUGCUUUUAGUGUUUGUACUGCUGCUGGUCAGGACAUGAAAAAUAUUGAAGUGUUUUUAAAAAAAAAAAAAAAAAAAAAGCUUUCCACUGGGGCAUGUGCUAUCACUUCUGUUUUUUGCUUUGUGUAGCAUCAGUUACUGGUACAGAAAAUUCUGUUACUAAAAGGUGAGGAAUUAAUUAUUCCUUACUGCCCUUUCACGGAUUUUUUUUCCCCUUCAAGCUCUUCGAAAGUUACAUUACAAAUAGGACCAGCUCCUACUAAAUGGGGAAGGGAGGGGAAAAGUCUGUGUUGGGAACAAAAGUUCAGGAACUAAAUGAACUGUUUGGGGUCUAUGAUUCAGCUUUACUGAUGUCUUUCAGCGCUCUGAUGAGUACUCUAGAAAAAUGUUUUAACGGGGAAGAAUGCUUGUGUUAGCAAUGAGGUGUUAGAGAACUACAGGAGAGGAAGCAGUGCAGACUGAGCUGAACUUCCCCUGUUCUUUAUUCACAUGAGAAACACCAGUGGGAAUAGGGAGGAGGAAGUAGAAAUUCUCCCAGCUUGCCCUUUCUUUCUCUUCCAGUUAGUUAUUCCUCUGAAUAACAUUUCUGAACUAGGAGGACCUCCUUCACAAAGAGCUUGCUUGAAGUUCAGUUUACAGUUGGGUUAUCCCAAACCUAGCUGAGCUCUAUUCCUUGUAAGCAGCCAAGGGGCAGCUGCUGGCAAAAUUCAGUCUUUUCUGAGCAGUGCACAGGAACCAAUUUUGUUUUUUAUUAAUUUCUUAGAUGGGUGAGGGAUACUGUGGGUAAUAGGCUUCUGCUUCCCCCUACUUCCUAGCAGCUGGCAGUAAUAUUGCAUUUGCUGUGCAUGUUAUCAGGAAUAUUUCAUCUUAAAUUAAGAUGAAGUGGCAGCAGGAGGAACAGCACUAACAGGCUCUUCAUUUUCAGCUGUAAAUUAGACAGGAAAGGCCAGAGGCGUACAUGUCCCAUUCCCCUACUCAACAGCUUGAGGGAAGGAGUCAUGGGACAGUUGAGGGCAAAAGUAGCACAGACAUCUCUGAUCAAAAUCUACGUACUACUGUUUUGUCUCUAGACUUGGAGAUGUCUCCUUCAAUAGCAGAUUUUGGAAGACAGAGACAGCCAGAGAUACCUGUUCUGUUGGAACAGUGAAGCACUUGGAGUGGAAAAACAGCCUCUAGUAAUCACAACAUGCUCUAGGCAAGGUGCAUAGCCUUCCACCUCCCUGUUAUUUGCUUUAGGUUUCUAACAGUCGACACUUAAAAGGCAAGCCAUUUAGGCUAUGUCUACGCAACACAGCUGUUUGGCAACAGGAGAGAGCUCUCCCACUCACAAAAAACUUCCACCCCCAGCAAGCAGCUUCAGCUGCGGAAGAGCUCUCCUGCCAACAAAGUGCUGUUCACACCACUGCUUUUUGUCUGCAAAACUUUUGUUGUUCAGGGGGUGUGUGUUUUUUUCACAGCUCUGAACAACAGAACUCGUUCAGUUUCCAGUGUAGACAAAGCCUCAGUCUAUUGCUGGUUUUCAGAAGAAACAUUCAUGCUGCCCACUAAAUCUCAGGCAGGGCAAGAGUUAGCCUAUUGCAUUCCUAGAAGAUUUUGCACCUAUGUGUUCUCAGAUGGCAGUGAUGGCUACUUCAAGCUCUUGCAUAGCUCAUGAUUGAGGAGCUAGCCAGAGUGACUAUGAGGGCAGAACAGGGAAAAGCAAAUCCAUGUGCUACUGUUUAAGUAACAUCCACCUGUUGUUAAAUGCAGCACCUAGAAGCUAUGAUUUCCCUUUAGCCAUAGCUCCUACAAACACCCAAUUGCAACCCUGCUACAGUUUCCACAUUGAAGGCUCUUUUCCCUCCUUCCUCCCCCCAUGACAAUCAGAUUAAAUAAAGCUAAGGCUGUAAUGCCGCAUGAACAAUAAAUAAGGAAAAGGACCAGAAAGGAAAGCUAAAACUAAUGCCUAUGGUAAGCCAUGCAAUUCUAUAUUUUUUCCCCUUUUGUACUGGUUUUUAGGGCAGUGCAAACAGCAAACCUCCUGGCUAUCUUAAGCCCAUUCCAUUUUGCAAAUGGAAGAAAAUAAAGCAGUCGCUGACUAGUGUCAAUUUAGCUUUAUCAAAAAAGCUGAAAUGAUGGAUUGUAUGACUGCUCAUGUGUGAUUCUUCUUUUCUGGUGGGCUGACACUAUUUUCCCUCUGGGAGACUGAAGAGCAGACAAAACUACAUCAACAUAUAUAAUAGGAAGAACAGCAAAUAUUACACUGCACAGUUGACUUCAGAGCUGAUUUAUGCCACUCUGGUUUCAGAGUAUUUACAUGAAGGAACUUCUGUCUUCCAUGACUAGCACUGUCUUCACACCAACAGGCCUGCAGUUUUCCUUUCACUCAGAGGGCAGAGAUCUUUUUUAAAGUGCCAUUAUGAGCAGGCAAGUGACUAGAAUACUAUGUGGUUUUAAAGAUUUACUCUCAGUUGAUGCUUUUGUUAUCAGACUUGCCUAUUUUUACAACUUAAAGCGAGCCCAUUUUUAAUGCCAAGGUAGGUUACUGCUAACCUGAAACUAAAGCCAUAGCCUUCCUGCUUCAUACACUGUCAGCAAUCAAAGAUUCUAGCAUCAGAAUUUAGUUGGCAAUGCUGCUGCUGAGGUAACUAGAAUUUAGCUUCUGGUGUUCAGUCUUGUAAAUACUACACGACUGACAGCAGAAAAAAGUUGAGUGGGUAGUAGUAGAUGAGGCAGCUAUGACUCAGAAUACACCAAGCCGCAAUGUAAUGCUGUUUUUAGAGUCACUUUUCUAAUCGUAAUUGCAUUUUAAAUAUUGGAGGCUCUUUAAAAAGAGUAGGGCUCAGUUUAAAGAAAGAAAGGAAGUUACCACUGCUUUGUGUUUAAGGUCUAUUCUUGCAUGAGCAAAAAAGCGCAUUUAAAAAGCACACAAAUUCUUGGUUUAACUUACCUGUUUAAGAAGCAAAAUACACUUAUGGCUGACAGUUCUUUAAACCAGAUUGCAUAGCAAGCCUUUGGCCUACUAGCUGCCAAUUCUCAGACUUCAUGAUAAUUUUAACACAGAAAAAUACACUUUAUGUUUAAAUCACUGCUUCCCCUCCCAGCCCAUGAUAAAAAAGUUCAUUGUCAGUUUAUCUAUCAAUUUCAAUACACUGCAGAGUGGGAGUUCACAAGCACACCACCAGAUGGCAAUGUUUAUGAGCCUGUUUGAAAAUGUAACUUUGCUUUGCAACAAUUCCUGUACUUGAGUGUUGAUUCCACCCCUAUCCCCCAUUCCUCAAAUACCAAUAGAGAAAGGAGCUAAUCACCAACUUCUUGACCCACUGCUUAAAAAGUCUCAGUAAUACUCCCCUCCUCUCCCCUGCCCCAAGGGCCAUGUUGACUGGUUGUGUUUAUUUGUAUGUACCCUGUGCAGAAUUGCUAGAGCAGUAAAAACCGGAGCAUGGGAGGGAGAGGCAGAGGGGGAGGAAGCCCAGGCCUGCUGGGGGCAGUUUAGAUGCUGUGAAAGAAAAAUUAAACCUGUUCUAAGUGUACUUGUUUGAAUUAAUUGUAAUGUAAUAUAUUAUUUGUUGAAUGUAGUAAUUAGGUAUUUAUGAAUAUAUUGCUGUAAUUUCUGACAACAUCCAAAAAAUAAAAUUGGCCUAAAUCAUG